AUUAAUUACUCCCCCUCCCUUGCAUCACCCAGCUGCUUCAGACGAGCGAGCGAGCGAGCGAGCCACCGCCCGAGAGAGAGAGAGAGAGAGAGAGAGAGAGAGGGAGAGUGAGAGUGGGGAUUCAAGUUUCAAACUCACUAUCGAGGGGGGAUAGGAAGGUGGUCACUCAUCGGUCCACAGCUAGCUCGUCGCCCCCCAUGGCUGACUGGGGCCCCGUGGUGAUCGCGACGGUGCUGUUCGUGCUGCUCACGCCGGGCCUGCUGUUCCAGCUGCCGGCGCACGGCCGCAUCGUCGGAUUCGGCACCAUGCACACCAGCGGCGUCGCCAUCCUCGUCCACGCCGUCCUCUACUUCGCGCUCAUCACCAUCUUCCUCAUCGCCAUCGGCGUCCACAUCUACGCCGGCUAGCUAGGGCCGGGUGUCUUCUAGUCCACACCCCCUUCGUCUCUUCCUCUCAUCAUCGGCCCCUGCUAGCUUCCUAGUCAUGUACUACUACUAGUCUUCGUUUGGCGGAUGAUGCGCGCAUGCUAGCUUAGCUGCGGCGAACAAUUAAUCCGGACGCCGGAUACCCCGCAGUAUGUUGGUAUUUAUUAUGGGAUUGUUAUGGUGUUUUAUAUU